GAUACUCCAGGAGUGAUAAGCCGUGUUUCUCAGCUCUUCAAGGGACAUCCUGACCUCAUAAUGGGCUUUAAUACCUUUUUACCUCCGGGUUAUAAAAUUGAGGUUCAGACGAAUGACUUGGUGAAUGUAACAACACCAGGUCAAGUACACCAGAUUACACCUCAUGGAAUUCAAAUUCAACCACAGCCACAGUCACAGCCCCAACCACAGCAUCAGUCUCGGCCUACAACACCACCAUCCCCAACACCAGCACAAACAACAACAACACAAGUACCUCCAGUUAAAGUUGCCAAGCCGCUGCAGUCACCAGUGCAUACACCAAGUCAUCAAGCGAAUCCUAUCCCUCCCUAUGCCUCUCCUCGGUCUCCACAGUUGCAGCCUCACACACCAGUGACUGGUACUCAUGGCACAACCCCACCGCUGCAGAAUAACCAGCCAGUGGAAUUUAACCAUGCCAUCAACUAUGUCAAUAAAAUCAAGAACAGAUUCCAGGGACAGCCUGAUAUAUACAAGGCCUUUUUGGAGAUAUUGCAUACUUACCAGAAAGAACAACGGAAUGCAAAAGAAGCUGGUGGUAAUUACACUCCUGCAUUGACAGAACAGGAGGUUUAUGCACAGGUCGCAAGACUUUUUAAAAAUCAAGAGGAUCUUCUAUCUGAGUUUGGACAGUUUUUACCAGAUGCCAACAGCUCUGUGUUAUUGAGCAAGACAACAGCUGAGAAGGCUGAGUCUGUGAGAAAUGACCAUGGAGCUACUGUAAAGAAGCCACAACUGAAUAGCAACAAACAGCGACCCAGUCAAAAUGGAUGCCCUUUAAGACGUCACUCAGGAUCUGGGAACCCUCUCUCUAUCAAGAAAAAACCAAAGCUGCUCGGCUUAAAAGAUGCAUCCCUGGCAGAUGUUAAUAAACAUGGACCUGGAACAGAGUCAUUAUUUUUUGAAAAGGUCCGUAAAGCACUUCGAAGCGCUGAAGCAUAUGAAAACUUUUUACGGUGUUUGGUAAUUUUUAACCAAGAAGUUAUUUCAAGGUCAGAGUUGGUGCAACUUCUUUCGCCUUUUUUGGGUAAGUUUCCAGAGCUGUUCACAUGGUUUAAGAAUUUCCUUGGUUACAAAGAAUCUGCCCAUAUAGAGGCUUUCCCUAAAGAGCGUGCAACUGAAGGAAUUGCAAUGGAGAUCGAUUAUGCUUCAUGUAAGCGAUUAGGCUCCAGCUACAGAGCAUUGCCAAAGAGCUAUCAGCAGCCCAAAUGUUCAGGAAGGACUCCACUCUGUAAAGAGGUUUUGAAUGACACAUGGGUGUCUUUUCCAUCCUGGUCUGAAGACUCCACCUUUGUCAGCUCUAAGAAAACUCAGUAUGAAGAGCACAUUUACAGGUGUGAGGAUGAAAGGUUUGAACUUGAUGUUGUCUUGGAAACAAACUUGUCAACAAUCCGGAUGCUUGAGGCAGUUCAAAAAAAGCUGUCUCGUAUGGCUGCAGAGGACCAGGCUAAAUUUAGGCUGGACAACACAUUGGGUGGCUCAUCUGAAGUGCUUCAUCGCAAAGCCAUUCAACGGAUAUAUGCAGACAAAGCUCCAGAUAUCAUUGAUGGGCUGAAGAAGAGUCCAGCUGUUGCCAUUCCUAUAAUACUGAAAAGACUAAGGAUGAAAGACGAAGAAUGGAGAGAAGCUCAGAGAGGGUUCAACAAGAUCUGGAGGGAACAGAAUGAAAAAUACUAUCUGAAAUCUUUAGACCUUCAGGGUAUUAACUUCAAACAAAAUGAUACAAAGGUGCUGAGAUCGAAGAGUCUGUUAAAUGAGAUAGAGGGCAUAUAUGAUGAGCGACAAGAGCAAGCAUCUGAAGAUAACAUCAGCAUACCUGUUGAACCUCACAUGACACUGCCAUAUGAAGAUAAACAGAUCUUAGAAGAUGCCGCAUCACUCAUUAUCCACCAUGUGAAGCGACAAACAGGAAUCCAAAAAGAGGACAAGUACAAGAUAAAACAAAUUAUUUACCAUUUCAUCCCAGAUUUAUUAUUCACGCAGAGAGGGGAACUGUCUGAUGUUGAGGAGGAAGAUGAGGAGGAAAUGGAAAUUGAUGAUAAUGAUGGGACUAUAAAAAAGCCCAAUGGUGUUGGUGGUAGCCCGUCUAAGUCAAAGCUUAUGUUUAGCAGUACAGCAGCUCAGAAACUAAAAGGCAUGGAUGAUGUGUACAAUUUGUUUAUUGUCAACAACAACUGGUAUAUCUUUUUGAGGCUUCAUCAGAUCUUGUGUCUGCGCCUUCUGCGUGUCUACAACCAAGCAGAAAAGCAAAUUGAGGAGGAUAUGCAGGAGAGAGACUGGGAAAGGGAUGUGCUGGGCCUUAAACGGGACAAAAAUGACAACCCUGCAAUCCGUUUAAGGUUAAAAGAACCAAUGGACAUUGAGGUUGAAGACUAUUAUCCAGCCUUCCUGGAUAUGGUUCGGAACCUUCUAGAUGGUAACAUGGAGCCAGCUCAGUAUGAAGACUCGCUGAGAGAGAUGUUCACCAUCCACGCUUAUAUAGCGUUUACUAUGGAUAAGCUUGUACAGAGCAUUGUGAGACAGCUGCAGCACAUAGUGAGUGAUGAAAUCUGUGUACAGGUAACGGAUAUGUACCUGUCUGAAUCCACAAGUGGCGCCACAGGUGGACUAUUGGCUACCCAAACUUCUCGUGCUGUGAGUGAAGCUGCCUACCAGCGUAAAGCAGAACAGCUGAUGUCUGAUGAGAACUGCUUUAAGAUUAUGUUUAUUCAAAGUUGUGACCAAGUACAGAUGGCUGUUGAACUUCUGGACACUGAAGAAGAGAAUUCUGAUGACCCAGUAGAAGCUGAGCGUUGGUCAGACUACGUGGAACGAUAUGUGAACUCUGAUUCUACCUCACCUGAACUGCGGGAACACCUAGCUCAGAAGCCAGUGUUUUUGCCAAGGAAUCUUCGACGGAUCCGCAAGUGUCAACGUGGAAGGGAGCAACAGGAGAAGGAUGGGAAGGAAGGCAGCGCUAAGAAAUCCAUAGAAAAUGUGGAAAGUUUGGAUAAGAUGGAAUGCAAAUUUAAGUUGAACUCUUACAAGAUGGUCUAUGUGGUGAAAUCUGAGGAUUACAUGUAUAGAAGGACAGCAUUGCUAAGAGCCCAUCAGUCUCAUGAACGAGUCAGCAAAAGGCUGCAUCAGCGAUUCCAGAGUUGGGUGGACAAAUGGACUAAAGAGCAUGUGACUCCUGAAAUGGCAGCAGAAACUAAUAACUGGCUGUUAGGAGAUGGACUAGAUGGAUUGGUGCCGUGCACCACAACCUGCAAGAUGGAAAUCCUACAUUUCAUGAACAUUAACAAAUACAGAGUCAAAUAUGGAAUUGUGUUCAAAACACCAUAGCCAUAACAGGAAAACU